AAUAAUUAUAAAGUACUCUACAAAAAUUCUUAGAUUUUGCACAAUUAGGAAUUUACGAAAAUUUGCGGUGGGCGCCACACGUUAAACCCCAAAGAUCUAUCGUAAUUGUUUCAACCUUCAACUUCCAACCUCCACGGAAUUCACUAAUAUCUCAGUCGGGUACUGGGAGGUUGCAAAUUCAGAAAUUGCAAGGGUAUCUGAGGAGACUCAAGUAAUUUUAUGGCAACCUAUUCUGUCAGAAUGGAACAGACCCCACAACGAAACGUUGGUCCUUCAAAGACUGAAGCAACAAAAAAAUGGUCAGCGGUUGCAGCUAAAGGAAGCAAAGCAUCUCAGUCAGCAAGCAAUAGUGAACGUAUUUACACUGAAACGAGAAAGACAGCUCCAGAAUCAGGUGUCAAAGAUAAUACUAAAGACACCGGCAAUGUAAACACGACGUCUUCUACGUCGAACAAACGAUUUAUUAACGCAUCCAACCCAGGACGUGUGAAUAAUCCUUCUAGGACUUCUUCGUCAAACAGUAAAACUUGGAAAACCGAUGCAGCGAUUUCUUCGCAAAGGGGCCAAACGCAACAUCGGGAGCGUGAAUUAUUGCCUUGGAGGCCUGACCCGCAAGAUGCGAGCGCCUCUUUGAUGAGUUUGGAAGAGUCUGUGGAUCAAACUGGCGGUGGUGCUGAAUGGGAUCAAUUUGCCGCUAAUGAAAAGCUUUUUGGUGUUCAAUCUCAUUUUGAUGAGGAACAAUACACUUCAAGCAUUAAUCGAAACCACCCCAAGUAUAAGGAGCGUGCUCAAGAAGCUGAUCGUAUUGCGAAAGAAAUUGAAUCCUCCGCCACCGAUAAUGUUCAUCUCGCCGAAGAACGAGGUCUUAAACCCGAUGAUAGUGGGCUUGAUGAAGAUGACCUAUACUCAGGUGUUCAGCGCUCAGUUCAACCAGCUGGAAGACCCAACAACCGAGGCCCUUCAUCCAGAGAAAAUUACUCCCAAGGAAAGGGUCGAGAAUACCGUCCUCGAAAUGCUGGCCCUCGCAAUGGCUUAUUGCCCAAUGACCCUGCCAUUGUUUCCCAGCGACACAUGGCGUUUUCUCGUGGCGGUGAUUCCCGUGCUGCUGAAAAGUUUUUUAACGCUCGUCGUAAGAUGGGAACGUUAUCUAAAGGAGAAAAAGAAGGCCAAAUAAAGGAAUUCAUGCAAUUCAGUCAAUCUUUGAAUCUGGGUGGAUUUGGAAAUAAAGAAGACCUUACUAAGGGCAACAAAGACGUUUCCAAGGAAAAACAAAAACCAUCUGAUAGCGAGACUAUGAAGGCUAAUGUCUCAGAUGAUACUACCAAACAAAAGGAAGAUGCCCCAUCCAAGGAUGAACCUUCUGUAGAAAAGACAGAUAAAGCACCUACUGCUACGAAAGAAUCCGACAAAGAGGAGAAGACUCAACAAAAACAGGAAGAGGAACCCAAGCCAGAGACCUCCUUGGAGUCCAGCAAAACACAAGAGAAGCCGGUAAAUAAGGAACCUUCGAAGCCUUUGAAAUUGAAUGCUAAGGCUGCAUCUUUCAAACCUAAUAUUGGCGCAAGUGUGUUUACUCCGGGUAAAUUUGUUCUUCCCCCAAAAGCAGGUACUUCUCAGCCAUUGAACCCACAAAAGUCUUCCAGCACAGAAACAGGUACUGCUUCUAAUGGUGGAACUCCUGGUGAUAAUACGGAGCGUCCUUUUUUCCCUAACGGAGCUCCCCAAGCAGAAUCAUCAGUGAUGGACAAUUUUAAUGUUAUCAAGACUGCUGGACAAGAAAAAAUUGGUGAAACAUUAGAGAAACCAUUUUCUUGUCCUCCUACUUGGGCUUCUGGUCCUAACAACGUGCAGCAUAUCGUCUCCAACCAGAAGGUAGAGACUGAUGCUGCCCAAGGAAAGCGCAAUUCGGCAGUAGGUGGCCAAAUUCCUGGUUUAGUGCUCCCUAAUGGCCCGGUCUCGCCAGCAAUGCCUGUUUAUCCCGCUCCCGGCUUUCCUUACGUUCCUUUUGGUUAUCCGGUUCCUGGAUAUCCUCCUUACAUGCGCGCUCCAAGCCAGCAAACAUCGGUCGCUGCUUCGCCGAAUGCUACACCCACUUCAGGUACUUCUAGUGCAGUAGCUUCGCCCAUGUUUAUGGCACCCCCGGUUAUGCCGCCUUAUGGUGUCCCUCCCUUCCAACCACAGAGUAAUAGCCCAAGGGGAGUGGCUCCUGCUACCUACUAUGUACCUCAGAUGGGAGCAAUGGGAGGAAUGCCCAUGAUGCCAUAUCCUGCUACUGGUGUGCCUCCUAUGUAUGGACAGUAUGCUAUGAACAAUGGAAUGAUGAACAUGCGUUAUCCUGCGUAUACAGAUUACAGACGAAGUAGUUCCCAAAGAUCGUUCAACCCUUCUAGAGGAAAUCGUCAUCAAAAUAAUGGAUACAAAAAUGAUAACUACACAAACAAUCCCAACAAUAGUAAUGAUGGUAAUAAUGCUACUAAUCAGAAUCAGGAUUCGAAUGCAGCUACUGCUACUGAUUCCCAAGAUCCGAAAUCUUCUGAAGUUGUUGAACCUGCAAUAGCUCCAGUAAAUUCCGAUGAGAAAACGUCUUGAGAAUCCACUAUCUUCAGUCCUUUGGAAUAGCUAAAUGUUAUGUAAAAAUAAGACAUGAUUUAGACCAUUAUCAAAAUAAUAUUAAACAAUGGUUGUAUAAAAGUAUAGCUUUAGUUAGUGUGCUAAUGUAAAACCGCUGUGCAUUCAAG